AUGUCUCAGCGCCUCGGUGCCGUGGCGAGCAAGGCAGGUCUCGCGGGUGGCCUGUCCUUUGCUUCGCGCUAUGCGGCGCUGCAACGCGUGUUCAACGAUCACCUCCGAGAGUGGCAUUACCAGCGUCAAACGGGGACCUUCUUUCAGAUCUGGCAACCUCCAGGAGUGAUCUUCAGUUGCUUGAAGAAGGAGCACUACGCCCCUCUGCGUCACAUCACCUUUUUGCUGGUCAACUUGGUCAACCUCCCAAAAGCGCCAGGCACUCGCCCAGCCAUGGAGGGCCCCUUGUCGCCCAAAUCGCCCAAGUCGGAGCGGCCCUCUCAGCUGACAACCCUGGCGGCGACCGAGAGGAAUGCCAGCAAGACUUCCAGUUGCAUCGAGAGGCAGCUCAGCAAGACUGGCAUCGAGAGGCAGUUGAGUGUGGCUGGCAUCGAGAGGCAACAGAGCAAGACGGGCUUUGAGAGGAUUGGCUACAUCCGCCUGGCCGAACAGAAGUUUGCAGCGCGGGUCUUCUUUGAGUUUAUGUUCAAAGAUGCGGCGUUGCAGGACGAACUAUUGCUGGACAUGAACGCGGAGCAGGUGAGUUGGAACCCGCACCAGGGCGGCCUCCCCCCGGCCCGGUGGUACGCGCAGCACAUCAGCUGGUUGAAUGCCCUGGAACCGCCAUCGGUGUUGUGGAACAAGAUCAUCAAGUCUGGGAACGACCUCAGGUUUUCCAUCGAGGUGCAGGGGGAAUUUGUGGUGCAUUUCGAGUGCUAUGACUUUCCCAUUGACAUCCAAAGUCUGACGGUCCUGCUGGAAUUUCAGCUGGCGGAUGAGGGGAUUACACCUGUGGAGCUUUCCACCAGCCACACGCAAGAUGUGGACGUGAAUCGCCAAAACUUUGCCUGGGAAAAUGAAUACGAACUGGGCCUAAGCAUGUCGGUGGGCAUGGCCAAACGCCAUGCUCUGUCCACCCGGACCUAUCCUCACGUGAUGUGUUCUGCUUGGGUCUUGCGGAAUCCGUUUUACUUCCUGGUGAAUGUGGCCCUGCCCAACAUGCUCUUCGCGGCCAUGGCGGGUCUGCAAUUUUUCGUGGACGUGGACAAAGUGGCGGACAGGGCCAGCAUAUCAUUGACGCUGCUGCUGGUGUGCGCCUCCUACUUCCAGUUCUCCUCGUCACUAGUGCCACGCCUGGGAUAUCUCACCAUUCUGGACAAGCAUUCGCUGUGGUGCAUCUUUUUGGUCAUCGUCAUGGUCUUCUGGGUUGGAAUCAUUAAGAUGGUCAGGCACCACACUGCUUUGGUGGAUUUUAUGGCUGCCAGCUGUUUCGCGGGCAUCUGGCUGCUGUCGCAUGGCUGGUUUCUCCUCCGUCUCUGGCGCUCGCGAAGGCGCUCGCGCAGCCGGCUGGAACGGCCGGCCGGGAGCCACCAGAGAGCGGUGCGCUGCAGACAGAACUCGGGCAUUUUCUAUCCAGUCUCCCCCAGACCUGAUAUGGAUCUUCCUCACGGUGAACCCAAAGCUUUCGCCGUGAACACGGCGCACGGAAAGCACGUCCCCACUUGGGACUCCUGGGGUUUUGGUGAUCCCAAGGUUCCCAUCCGUCUGGUGCUCCGCUCCCUGGGGGGCCGCUGGAUUACUUGGAAAGCCGCGCAAGGACGCGAGGAGCGCUGGGUCGUUGCCGAUGGAAAUGAUGGACAUCUCUUCCACAGCUUCGUUCGGGCCAUGAACUUCUAUGGUAUUGAUGCUCAAGAUCCGGAAAACAGCUUUCCGAAUUUGAGGUUGCUCUACGCCCAUGCACGUUCUGCGCUGGCGUUCUUUCCGAAGCACUCCCUCAGAAGCGUCCACCUGCACCUUCCCUGGGCGGCGCGCACGCAACGGCCACAGCGGGAAGCCAUGGUGAACCUCAAGCUUCUUUUGGAUGCUUGCAGCGUGCUGGAACAGCGCGGAGAGCUUCAUAUCGUGACAGACAGUGAGGAGCUGAUGCAACAGGCCUGUGCUGUGGUCAUGAAGAGCAAACUCUUCGCAUCGAGCUUCGCCUUUCCUUUCCACAUGGAAGGAACAGAUCAUUUGCUGGCAGAUCGCGCCAUCGUCACAGGCGAAGCAUCCAGUCAGGUGGUCUUGUUCUACAGCCGCUGGGAGAAGAAAGCGCCACAGUCGCCCAACUUUCGCUUCCAGGGCGGUAUGCCCACCUUGCCUUUGCCUCGUGGCAGCAGUUGGAGGAAUAGCAUCGCCAACUUCGAUGGACGACUCCAUCAACGACAUCCGCGGCGUCGUGAACUCGAUGACGACCAGAGCGGCGCAGACCCAUUGGUGUCAGCGUUGGGAAAAAAGGGGAAACGGGCUGAGGAUGGAGAAGAUCUGUUUCAAGAUCUGUCAUCUUACUACACGCAGAACAAGGGCUUGAUGUGCAAGAAUAGUGCUUGCUGGCCUAUUGCCAACAGAGCACCAAUGGACUGCAGCACCACGCUGCAGCUCAACAAAGCCAUCAAUGCCUGCGCCAGAGGCGAACGCUGGGUCGAAGCUCUGCAGCUCUUCCGCGGCACAUGGUGUAAGCAUCGCCGCGAUGCCAUUAGCUACAAUUCCACAGCCAAUGCAUGUGUGAAAGGAGAACAGUGGCAGCUGGCGUUGCUUCUCUUUGGAGAACUGCCGGAGAGUGAACGCACCGUGAUUUCCUACAACAUCGCCAUGAAAGCUUUCGAGAAGGCGAGUGCGUGGCUUCAAUCCCUGGAUUUAUUGCAUCAGAUGCGUCUCCACGACAUCAAGACGGACAUCAUCAGUUGCAACACCGCCGUCUCAGCAUGUGGAAAAAAUUCACAGUGGCAACUGGCCGUGGCCAUGGCUCUUUGGAAUCCAGAUCUGGUGGGCAUCAAUGCAGCGAUUGAUGCAUGCUCCUCAGCGUCUGAGUGGGAACACUCGUCGUGUUUGUUGUCAUUCUUUCCGGCCUGCCGCCUGCAGCGCGAUGUCAUUAGCUUCACAUCGGCGCUGAGCGCCUGUGAAAAGGGUACUCAGUGGCCCCUGGUGUUGCUGCUGCUGCAACAGAUGAAAGAAGAACACUUGGAAGGCAAUGUGAUGACGUACAACAGCUGCAUCUCCUCGUUGUCCAAAGGAUCCGAAUGGACAGCGGCCCUGAGGCUCUUUGACCGCCUACUCUCCAGUUGCGGCUGCACGGUGACCUCCUAUGGCUCUGCCAUUGGCGGCCCAUGGCCGCAGGCCAUGCUGCUGAUGAAGUCUAUGGGAUCCAAACAGGUGCGUAGCAACUUGGUGAUCUACAACAGCUGCGUCAGCUGCGUGGACGCGGCCUGGAAUUGGGCCUUACAGCUGCUGGAGGAUAUGGAGGUGUCCAAUUUUCGCCGGAGCAGCGCCACGAUCGGCGCCGUCCUCCAAGCCUUGAAGAUGGUGCCAGGCCAGUGGCCUGCAGCCUUGGAAUUGAUGCCAGGUAGAUCUCUUCAAAACACCAUCAUCUACAACUCGGCUAUCACCGUGUGCGCACAAGGUCAUGAGUUUUCUGUGGCAUGGAAACUCUUCGAAGAAAUGCAAGGCCUCUCCCUGCGGUGCGACGCCAUCACCUUCACUGGGGUCAUGGUUGGCGCCCACUGGUCCUCUGCCGUGCAGCUGCUGGAGCGGGGUCGCAGUGCGAAAGCAUGCGAUCUGAAGAUGUGGAGUGCGGUGCUAAGUGCCUGCGAAGCGAUGUCUCACUGGAGCCAAGCGCUACAUGCCUUGCAGAUGGCAGAUCGAGGGGGCUUCCAAUGUGAUGACACUGCCUACAGCAUCGUGAUUAGUCCCAGUCCAGUGCAGGUUUGCCCGGCAAUCAGCGUGGUUGGAGGCCCUUUGAGUGGAAAGACGUCCCUGGCGAAAGAACUUGCGCAGAGGACUGGAGCUGUCUACAUCUCCGUCCCAGAGGCCUUGAGCACGUUGAUGUCCGAGGCUGUGCCGUGUCAACUCUCCAAGGACAUCCGCGCAGCUUUGCAAAGCGGUCAACGAGUUCCAGAUCCUUUGGUGAUCCAGGCCAUUCGUUUCCGUCUGUUGUCGCCGGAUGCGCUGCGAAGCGGCUGGGUCUUGGACGACUUUCCCUGCACCAAAGCGCAGGCCGAAGGGCUCACGGCUUUGGGUAUCGUGCCGCAUCGCGUCUUCAUGCUCUUAGCACCCGAGGCCGUGAUUUACGCGCGCGCGGCUGAGUUGAAGAGUGCCGCCGUGGAAGGUCAGGAACUUCAACAAGAACUGGCGCUGCAGCGCGAGCGUCUCCAGGGCUUCAGCGUCCAGAGCCCGGCCUUGCGUGUCUUCUAUGCCACAAUCUUUGAGAAUGUCAGGGACAUCGACGCUUCCAGGUCAAAGUGGGCCAUCUUUGAUCGCGCAAUGGAGGAGACAACCGAAAGUUUGCGCGAGCGCCUGAAGUAUUACCGCCGAACUGCAAUGAGCUUAGCCACGCGCGUAAAGGGCAUGUGCUUCACGAGUGCCCGCCUGGAGACCGUCUCCGCAUGGAAACACUACUGCCCGGUGACCCUGUCCCUGCAGAAUGAGUUGGUCUGUUGCUACGACCGCUCCAUGGCCGUGGAAUACAACAGCAAGGUGUACUGGAUGGCUUCAGAGCAGUAUGCUGAGCUCUUCACAGAAGAUCCAGAGGCCUUCUUGCAAGUGCCUCUGCCACAGCUUCCGCGACUCUUGGACGAUGGCGAACGGGUGCGGAAGGCGGAGGCGAGGGCCGAGCUCUCAAACUUCUGCCCGGUGACGCUGGUGGAAACCGGGAACUUGGUGAAGGCAUCAGCCUACCACUUGGUGGAGUACAACCAGAACCUCUUCCGCUUCGCCAAUCGAGAGGCAGCGCUAAAGUUCAUGCGGCAGCCCUUGCGCUAUCGCAACGCGAAGCUGCCCAAGAAGCUGCCAGCGGAGGUGUCGAAAGAAGAAAGAGAAGCAUCUCAUCUCCUCAGCUGCUUGGUGAAGGGAAAGGAUGGCCGAGGCUUACAGCCCUCAGACAUGGUCACCUACAUGCAGGCUAGCUUGGCAGAGCUCAUCUGCCAAGGCUUGGUGGAGUGUGGAGAGCGCAGGCCCUUGUUCCCGGGCAAAGGACCCGAAGAAUCGGCGCUCUUGUGCCUCUCGCGCUUCUUGCGCGCCAGGAAUCCCUUGAACACCGAGAUGUACGCUGGAAAGAUGAGCGACGCGCGUGAGGAGUUCCUGAAAGGCUGCGCAUUACCUUCAGAUCUGAAAGAGAUGACGGAAAAGAAGAUGUCACCCGAUUACGCUUGGACCUCCACGGAGACCGCGAAGUUCCAAGAGCUCUGCGCGCGCUUCGAUGAGGUCUUUUCACAGCAAAGCUGA